AUGCCACAAGCAAAGAAGAACACAGAGACCCUGGCCCGAGCGCCCCCGGGCCGUUCCCGAAGCCUUCUGCGCAGCCUGCCGUCGCCCGCUCUAUGCUGUGCCUGUGGCUUGUGCGUGCUGCUGGCAGGCCUGAACGUGACACUGGUGGGAGCUUUCGCCGCCUUCCUGCCCGGACACAACGUGCCGCUGGUGGUGGGGCCCGCUCUGCUCGUGCUGGCGCUCGGCUUCUUUGCUGCCUGCUGCGUGUGCAGCCGCCGGGGCCCCGUGCCCCGCGCGCGCUCCUCUGCCACCGCGGGUCAGGGUGGCGGGCGUCCAGGGACUGUGGCACUGGAGAUGGAGAGCAGCGAGCGCACGGCGCAGGACACCACGGCGGUGCAGCUCAGUCCAGCAGCCUCCGCUGCAUCCUCCGGCCGCUCCAGCCCCGGCCCGGGCCUCUUUGCCCUGGACCCUCCCGCACCAGCAACCGCGGCCCACUACUUGCCGCGCACCGAAGGGACGCAGCUUAACUUCCCUCGAGACCUGGCAGCCUCCUAG